CAAACUAACAAGUGUUAUCGUCUUUGUAAUAAUUACCUUACUCAGGAUCAAGAGUCUCUGGCUGUGCUAUAGUUGGCUCCAGCCCGACCCUACUCUCUAACCCCAUAGGCCAAAUCUCUAAAGAUGCUUAAGAGGUAAUAUCACAAUGGAAGCCAAUGACGAUUUUGUGGGUGGAUUCGGGAUGCAGCCCACGCAGCCGUCGGACAAUAGGCGCAGGAUGCACGAGGUCCAGCUGCAGCUAUGAUGCAGCCAACGAAUGACAAGCAGAUAACGCAGUCGGUAACCAUGUUCCCGUUCCUCGGUUUAGAGGUCGCCCUAGUGGCAAUGUUCGCGGGCAUCGUUAUGAUGCCAGCUAAACGUAGAGUCGGUGACCAAGUGGUAGAGCUACAGAAGGUGCUUGCAGACUUACACGCGCAGUUGACCGCAAUAGAACAAGCCGACGACUAUCAGAAGGCCGCCUCCAUGCUGGCCUCUGACCCUCUAGCACGUUUAAACAAGAAAAAAUUUUCUACCGCGAUGGGCCACGCUUGGGAUACCUACGUCGCAUUGAAGAGUCAAAUGGCGAGUGUCAGCGCGCACAUUGCUCAACUGGAGAUGACCAUGGAGCAGCCAGCUAUGAAGGUUCUCGUCUCCGACAAGUCUGGUCGCGUCAUGGAGCGCCCAUUGAAGGACCUGGACUACGUCAACGAUGGCUGGGUCAACAAGUCGGGCAAGGAGCACAAGGCGCUCAAGCGGGAGAACCGGGAGCUGAACCAAAUCUACCAUGCCCUUCAGAAGGUCAACCGCAACCUGGAGGACGAACGCGAGGCGCGCCGCGAUGAGGCCCCACCGGAGCAGAUUGAGGAGUUGGAGAAGGCAACUAACGACGCCAUCACCGAGGACGCCUUUGCCGCGUCCUUUUGGGAGCGAGCGGGGAGGCUGGUCGCACCAAGCCAUCUCGGGCUACUGGCGGAGAGUCAAGCGUUUGCCGCGUCAUCGCGGGCGGCCUCCACGAAGAAGGUGUACACGUAUCCGUGGGAAGGUUUUAAGUCGUGGUGCCGUGCGGGCGGCUACUGCUACCUACCGGCAAGCCCGGUCGUGGUGGGGAUGUACUUAACAUCGGUGGCUAAAACGGCGUCAAGUUACGCAUCCGUUAAGCUGGCGAGUGCUGCGAUUUUCAUGCAGCAUGACUUGGCGUGUGAGGGGGCGAACCCGACGAAGCACCCCUUUUGCAAGGCUGUGGCGGGUGUGGGCAGUGCGGGUUUCCUUCCAGAACCGGUGGAGGUGGCGCGCUCCGCUGGCAACCCCUCGAGAGUAACCGGCACUGACAGGGAACCGGUCCCUUCGCACCCCAACCGGCGAUUAUUGAAGUUUUCGGUAACCAGGCUCGCCUCCUCCCACGGAAGCAAGUGCACUCUUCUGCUCGCAGGUACCCAAGCUCUACUCACGUCUAUAAGCGGUACCCAAGCUCUACUCACGUCUAUAAGCGGUAAGGCAACUACUCAUGAAAACACUGCACGCAGAGUCAGUGGAAGAUUAAAGCAGUAG